AUGGCAUCCCCAGCAGCAACAACGACGACGACAGAGACGGAGAAGAAUAAGGACGUCGUCGAACCCAAAAGCUCCCAGCAGAUUCUGAACUUGCAGGUCCCCUUGGCAGUGGGAACCUUGCAGUGGGGAACCACGCCCAUUGACCAGAGCAUUAUCAAUUCCAAAGGAUGCAUUACGGAGAGCGAAGUAGCCUUGAUUGUGCGAGACUUUACCCGUGCCGGAGUCACGUUGUGGGAUACAGCCGAAGGAUAUGGUGGUGGAACCAGUGAACAGCGACUGGGAAGAUUGGCGGACCGCAAGACCACCAUUCUCAUGACCAAAUUUCUUCCCGUGCCGUGGCGGGGAUUCUUUCCCGGAGACUUGGAACGGGCCGUUCGAGCUUCCUGUCGACGCUUACAGACCGACAAGAUUCAUGUGUACUUGCUCCAUAGUCCUGUUCAUUGGAGAUCCUUGGAAUACUGGAUUGCACGAGGCGCGGAAUGCAAACAAAAGGGACUUAUCGAUGCCAUGGGAUUGAGCAACUGCAAUGCCGACCAAGUGCGUCGCGCGGUGGCGGCAGGGAAACAAUUUGGUGUCGAUAUUGUCGUCAAUCAAGUGCAUUAUUCCUUGUUGGAUUAUCAGAGUGAAAAUUUGCAAGAAAUGGAACGAACCUGUCAAGAAUUGGGAGUCGCCAUUGUUGGAUUUUCCGCCAUUGGACAGGGACUCCUCACGGAUACACUCACACCCGAAUCAUGGGAAACCAAUCGUCCCGCCAAAAUGCUCCGCUUGAAAUACAAUGAUAUUCAACCCUUGCGUGCCGCUUUGAAACGCAUCAGUCAAGAAUAUCCUGUCGAUAACAACGACAACACUCAACAUCAACAAGCUCACAAGUCCAUGGCACAAGUGGCCAUCAAUUGGUGUAUCUGCCAUGGUGUGGUACCUCUGGUAGGAUGUCGUUCGCAAAAACAAGCUCAAGAUUCCAUUGGAGCUUUGGGAUGGAGGCUCACCGACGCCCAUAUUCGGGAACUGGAUCAAUUGGCUUUGGGUCGGUCAACCUUGGAUAGCCCCGGGUGGCGGCGCAUGAUCUUUGUCACCUUGUUUGGGAUUGUCAUGACGGUUUGUCAGAUGUGUGAUGCCUUUGGAUUCGGCAUGGUCAAGCAAACAAGAGGCUAG